CCUAUAGUGAUACAAGUGAAAUAAAGAUUUAAUAAUUUUAUUAUUAUUUCAUAAUUAUAUUCGUAAUUUAUAAUAAUGAAUCCUUUGCAUUUACUUCUAUUACCAUGCGUACUAGCCGUAAGUAUUACAGGCUCAACGAAUGAUUAUAGCAGUCAAGGACGAAGCGGUGGAGGAUACGGUCUACUAAGACCAUACCCAAAUUACUCAGGUUAUAACGGAGGCUACAAUGGAUACAACAGUGGGUACGGAGGGUAUGGCGGUGGAUAUGAUGGAUACAACUCAGGGUUCGGCGGCUCCGGGAUAGGAUACCCUGGACAAGGAUAUCCCGGUAGCUAUCCUGGCGGUUACGGCGGAUACCCAGGCUAUUCCGGCGGACCUUACGGAGGUGUGUACUUAUUUCUUCUCCUUCUCAAAAGCCUAUUCAGUGACACUAGUAAUAGUAAUCGUCCUUACAACAGACCAGGUUACGACGGAAGACCCGGUUACAAUUAUCAGUCCGGUUACCAGGGUUACAGACCCGGUUACAACCAGUACAGACCCGGUUUCGACCGUCCCUACCAGACCAAUGGAUAUUUUGACGGAGUUCGUGAUGGAUAUGACAACUUUGGACUGUUAGGAAGAAAAGUGUCAGAAAUUAAGAAAGAUGACGCUUGAUUUCAAAUAAUUAAGUUUAAUUUAAUUUGU